AGAUGCUCAGCUCAGUUACGAGAUGAUGCAGGAUUGAUGGAGGAGGCGGGUGAAUGCGGGAAGGUAGCGGAGAGAAUGCACAGAGGAGAGAUGCGGAUUAUGGUGGCCUAUAUGACUGGGAUUUUUAGUGGCGUGACAGAACGAUGAUCGUACGGGUAACGGGCCUCUGGAUUAUUGAUAUUGGGACCUCAGACUUUUUGUACAACCUCUAAUUCAUGCGUUUUAUGAUUUAUUUUACUAUCAGCCUACUUGCGCAGUUGUUGAUUUCAUUAUACUGAAUUUGAUUGUUUUGUCAACAGCUAUAGACACAUGGAUAUGUCUGUUGUUUAUCUAAGAUUUAGUAAAUUAUAGUUUUUUUUCUUCCAUACAUUGAGGACAAGGUGUAUGGCCGCUGCAGCGCUCGAUACCACACCAUCUAUACACACGGACAGAUAUUCAAAUCAAGUGGACUCCGCUGUCUUUUAAUAAAGAUGUCAACAUUAUUACAUUAUGGCUGCAACUGCCAAUUUUUGUAGCAUCGGCGUUUGAUCUUGGUGCCAUAAACAACAGUUCUGCAGCAUUUCUAAUGAUACCAAACUGAAAGGAGACGGUCGAGUGCGCAAAUUAAGGGUCCUACAAUUUAUAGCCUAAAAUAACAUUUCAAAAUGGAGGCACUCUGUCCUCGUUGGAUGGUAUUUUUAUGGACGAUUGUCUGCCUAUUUGUGGGUGUCAGCUUCGGCACCAACGAGGCCGAAAUUGAACCAAACACCUCAGGCCCUCUGGCUAUUCACUUCCCACUGCGACAGGGCCCUCUCUCCGAGCCCCAACCCCAGCAUUUGGCUCGGCACCGCUCCUCGAGGGCAGCGCGGAGGCGCAGAGGAGUCGGUGGCAUCAAUUUCGUGGACAUGAUCGACAACCUUCGUGGGAAAUCCGGACAGGGCUACUACGUGGAGAUGGCAGUGGGUUCACCGCCACAGAAGUUGAAUAUUCUGGUGGACACGGGCAGCAGUAACUUUGCAGUUGGGGCAGCUGCUCACCCUUUCCUCUGCAGAUACUACCAUCGCUCACUGUCUAAAUCCUACCGCGACCUUGGGCGCAGUGUCUAUGUACCCUACACCCAGGGCCGCUGGGAGGGUGAGCUGGGCACUGACCUGGUAUCUGUGCCGCAUGGCCCCAACGCCUCGCUCCGUGCCAACAUCGCUGCCAUUACCCAGUCGGACCGCUUCUUCAUCAAUGGAUCCAACUGGGAGGGCAUCCUGGGCCUGGCCUACGCCGAGAUCGCUCGGCCUGAUGAGACACUGGAGCCUUUCUUUGACUCGCUGGUGCGGCAGACCCCCGUGCCCAACCUGUUCUCCCUGCAGAUGUGUGGCGCAGGGUUCACCCAGAACUACAGCCUGGGCAGUGCCACCGUGGGCGGCAGCAUGAUCAUUGGUGGAGUGGAUUCUUCUCUCUAUGUUGGGGACCUGUGGUACACCCCGAUCCGCCGGGAGUGGUAUUAUGAGGUCAUCAUUGUGCGCAUUGAGGUCAAUGGUCAGGAUCUCAACAUGGACUGCAAGGAGUACAACUAUGAUAAGAGCAUUGUGGACAGUGGCACCACUAACCUCCGGCUCCCUCGCAAAGUGUUCCAGGCAGCCGUGAAGGCCAUCGAGGCAGCCUCGUCUACGGAGCAGUUUCCCUCUGGGUUCUGGUUGGGGGAGCAGCUGGUGUGCUGGCAGGCGGGCACCACCCCGUGGCACAUCUUCCCUGUCAUCUCGCUCUACCUCAUGAGUGAGAACCGCAACCAGUCCUUCCGCAUCUCCAUUCUCCCACAGCAGUACCUGCGACCUGUGGAGGACGUGGCCUCUGCCCAGGAGGACUGCUAUAAGUUUGCCGUGUCCCAGUCCAGCACGGGCACCGUCAUGGGCGCCGUCAUCAUGGAGGGCUUCUAUGUGGUGUUCGACCGCCAGAGGAAACGCAUUGGGUUUGCCGUCAGCACCUGCCAUGUGCACGAUGAGUUCCGCACAGCCUCCGUUGAGGGGCCGUACCAUGGCGUGGACCUGGAGGACUGUGGCUACAACAUCCCGCAGACGGACGAGUCCACCCUCAUGACCAUUGCCUACAUAAUGGCGGGCAUCUGUGCCCUCUUCAUGCUGCCAUUGUGCCUUAUGGUGUGCCAGUGGCGCUUUUCACGCUGCCUUCGCCCACCUGGAUUUGGGGACUUUGCUGAUGAUAUCUCACUCCUCAAAUGAUAGAGAGACAUGGACAUACUGUACACAGGAGAAGCAAGCCUAACAGAAAUGGAGAUGGUGGCUUUGCUUAUUGUUGUUGAGUGAGCAUCAGCCUCAUUGAGUAAUGCAGAAACAGAUUAGUAUGUAGGAUGGUGUUGGUUGUGGCUUGGGCGGGUAGCACAAUGACCAAACAAGCCAAUGGCCAUUUACUUUGGAUUCAUCAAAGGUGGAUAUACCAGCAAGCUGGGUUAAAUGGCUUCCUGGAUUCAGUGGACAACUUUAUUGAUAUAAUAAGGGCAUGAUAUAAAUAUACAGUACGUAUAGGUGUGUGUGAGUGUUUGUGAUUGUAUGAGGUGUGUGUAUAUGUAUGUAUGUGUGUUUAUGGAUCACAUGUACAAAUUAGAUUAUCUAGAAUUUAAGGAUGGACCUGAUCAUUGAAUAUAUCAGAUUUGUUUGAUUUGACAUCAACAGUACCAGCUAAGGAACGCUAAUCAUAAGUGCUAAUUGGGUGAACUUUUCAAGAGUGAAAUUAGCACUCAAAUAUCAGAUGCAAUGAACUUUUAUGGUGAAGCCAUGUUACUUGGGGUGCAUUAAAAAGCUAAGAUUAUGUAUUUAAUACAGUUAAUAUCAGAUAUGGCACUUUUAUAUGGCUCUUGUUGAUUCAGUUGGUGCAUUACCUCACUGCUAAUGAAUGCACUAAUUCACACAAAAAAGAAAAGCACGGACACACACGCAAUGAUUCUCCCACACAUACAGAUGUCUUCAAAACCUCCAAACAGCUUGAACAUCUCAGCCAACCCCUCAGCAGCUUUAUACAAAAACUCACCGACACAGACAGUAACACGCAUAUUCAUAUUCACAUAUUCAUAUUCAGUCAACUGCACUAUCCCUAUGGUGCGCUUGAAUAUCAAUAAGUUGUGUUAUCGUUACAUAAAUGAACACAAUAUUAAAACGUCUCAAUGAGGGACAGAUUCUACUUUCAUCGACCUGCUGUAAAUACAUCUGAAAUGUAUAUCUGUCAGAUGCACUGACCACAGACUACGAAUAAAUAAAGUAACAAAUAUAACAGAA